AUGACUCUUCUCGCGGUUUUAUUCCUCCUCACGAGCCAGGCUACUGCUAAGUGGCUAUGGUCGAGCUCGCCAGCCAAUGCGUCUGAUAUUAUGCGGCAGACAUACCCCCUGGGCAAUGUCUUUGGGCAGGUGGGCCAUUUGAAAACGCAAGCUACUCUGGUGGUAACCCCCCCCGACGGCCGAUCUCAUUUCUUGACUGGGAUCCGCGAACAAAUCUUUCGCAAUGGGGAGGGGAACGUUGACGGACUUCUAAGUCCGAUAUCUUCAUACGGAAGCUACACACCCCUUGCAAACUUAACCAUCGAUAUAGAUGGAAUUGACGGAACUUCUUCAUAUUUUCGAGGCCUGGACCUGACCUCUGGAGUCCAUUCAGUGAAUUUCACCAGUGGCGGUCAAAAGUAUAACAGUUCAAUCUUGUGUUCUCAGCCAGACGAUGUUUGCGCCUACAGUAUCUCCUCGAACCUGCCACUACCAGCUAUUUCUUUCGGAUUACACAAUAAUUUUCUCGAUAAAAAACUUCUGAACACGACUUGCGACCGUGAUCGACUAGAGAUAUCGGGCCACCUGGCACAGCCUGGUAUGCAGUUCAUUGGGUUAGCCCAAUCAACACGUCCCACGGUUUUGAUUUGCAGCGGGAAUCAAUUGGCACUCCCAGCCAAUUCUAGUCAUACUGAAGUUACUAUUGUGUUCGGGGCUGGUACAAACUACGACGCGAAGCAUGGAAACAAAGCAGCUGGCUAUUCCUUUCUCGGAGUCGACCCAGCCCCAUCAGUGAAAAAGACAGUUUCUACUGCUGCAUCAAGGUCAUACGAAGAAAUUAUUGAAAGACACACCAAAGACUACAGAAGCCUCUUCGAUUCCUUUGAGCUUGUGCUUCAAGACACCGCCAACUCUGACAGUGUCGAAACAGCCAAGCUGCUCUCAGAUUAUGACACUGCCAAUGGGAAUCCCUUCGUAGAGUCACUUUUUGUUGACUACGGACGCUAUCUUCUCAUCUCCUCAUCCCGAGAGAACUCUUUACCUGCCAAUCUUCAAGGCAGAUGGGCGGACCUACAGAAUCCAGCAUGGAGUGCUGACUAUCAUGCGAACAUCAACCUACAAAUGAAUUACUGGGCAGCACCGCAAGUGGGUCUUGGAGCUCUUCAACAACCGUUGUGGGAUUUCAUUGAGCAAACGUGGGUUCCAUACGGCGAAGAGACUGCGCGGCUAUUAUAUGGCGCACUUAAUGGUUCAUGGGCGAUACAUGACGAAAUAAACAUUUUCGGCUACACUGGAAUGAAGAAUGAAGCCACUUGGGCAGACUAUCCUCUUGCGGGUACUUGGAUGGCUCUACAUAUUCCAAACUGGCUGGAAUAUUCAGGCGACACAGAAUGGUACAAAAAACAAGGAUACCCAUUGCUUAAAGGUGCAGCACAAUUCUGGCUAUCACAACUUCAAGAAGAUCGAUAUUUCAAUGAUAGCACGUUGGUCGUUAACCCAUGCAACUCUCCCGAACAUGGACCCACAACCUUCGGAUGCUCUAAUCAUCAACAGCAGAUUUUUGAGCUAUUUGAUAGAAUACUUGCUACAUGGUCUAUUAGCAACGAUAAUGAUGCCGAGUUCCAUAAGAACGUGAAGAAGGCACUAGCGCGCCUAGACAGAGGGAUUCACAUCGGAUCCUGGGGACAGUUGCAGGAAUGGAAGCGCGAUAUCGAUACUCAAAAUGAUACGCAUCGUCAUUUGAGCGGUCUGACAGGCUGGUAUCCCGGAUACAGUGUAUCAGGAACCGGUGACUCUCGAGUGACAAAAGCCGUGGAGACGAUGUUGUGGUCUCGCGGUACUGGAAAGAACAGCGAAGAUAAUCCAGGAUGGGCAAAAGUGUGGCGAUCGGCAUGCUGGGCACACCUCAAUAACACAGAGCGCGCAAACUUCGAGUUGCGAUUCAGCAUUUCGGAAAAUUUGGCUGAAAAUGGGCUGUCGCAGUACUCAGGACAUGAUGCGCCAUUCCAGAUUGAUGCUAAUUUUGGGUUCGUUGCUGCAGUGGCUGCUAUAUUGAUUCGUGAUUUGCCUCAGUACCAUGAUGAUGGCAGUGUCCACGAAGUACUCCUGGGCCCCGCAAUCCCCCUUUCAUGGAGAGGUGGCUCGGUUCGUGGACUUAGGUUACGUGGUGGUGGCAGUGUUGCAUUUUCUUGGGACGAGGAAGGCAUAGUGAAAGAAGCUACUGUAAAUGGGAGAACAAAACCAUUGAGAAUGAUCAAUGUGAAAGGGCAAGAAAUCAACACUUGA